GGCGGGCUUCCGCAGAGCCGGCCUGGGAGGUCAUUCACAGAUAAGGGGUUUUUCUACCCGAGAGUCCUGGGAGAGGAAAUGGAGCCCCCGCACUCAAGACAAAGGCCAGGGCUGCAACCAGCCUACCGGGGCUACAGCCAGAUGCCCUGGAUCAGGAACCACGUGCGGAGGUUAGAUCCUGAUACCUUUUACUUCCAGUUUCACAACCUGCUCUAUGCCAACGGGCGGAACUGCUCCUACAUCUGCUACCGGGUGGAAAGAAGGAAACACCGCUCAUAUGUCUCCUUCGACUGGGGGGUCUUUCAUAACCAGGUCAAUGCUGGGACUCGCUGCCACACCGAACUCCACUUCCUGUCUUGGUUCUGCAACAUGAAGCUGCACCCUGACGAGUGUUACCACAUCACCUGGUACAUGUCGUGGAGCCCCUGCGUGAAGUGCGCGAAGCAGGUGGCUAACUUCCUAGUAGACAGUCAGAGGAGGCGCUUCAAGCCUUGGAAGAAACUGGACAUAAAUUAUCACUGGCUGGCUGCAGAGCUCGAGGACAUUCUCGGAAACACAAUGAACCUGCUAAGAGAAGCUCUGUUCAAGCAUCAAUUUGGCAACCAGCCCCGGGUCCCACCACCUCACUACCGGAGGAAAACCUACCUGUGCUACCAGCUGAAGCAGCUUGACGACUCAACGCUUAACAGAGGCUGCUUCCGAAACAAGAAGCAGCGGCAUGCAGAAAUUCGCUUUAUUGACAAGAUCAACUCGCUGAAUCUGGACCGGAGGCAGAGCUACAAAAUCAUCUGCUAUAUCACAUGGAGCCCUUGCCCGAGAUGUGCCAGUGAGCUGGUCGAUUUCAUCACCGGAAAUGACCACCUGAACCUGCAGAUCUUUGCCUCCCGCCUGUACUUUCACUGGAAAAAGCCGUUCCAGAGGGGGCUGCAGCAGCUGCAGGCAGCCGGGAUCUCAGUGGCUGUCAUGACCCACACAGAGUUUGAAGACUGCUGGGAAGAGUUUGUGGACAACCAGUCAAGGCCCUUCCAGCCCUGGGAGAAGCUGCAGCAAUACAGUGCGAGCAUAACACGAAGGCUCCAGAGGAUCCUGAUGGCCCCAAUUUAGAAAAGAUCUUCAGAGGCUUGAGCAUCAGACUUUCAUCCCCUUUGUUAUUAAGAAGUGACUCAAGAUGACAGUUUCUGGGGCAUCUUAAUGCUUCGUAAACUGCUGACUCUCAGGAUCGAGUAACAAGCUCCACAGGCAUGCCUGACCCUCGCCCGAGUCCAGAGACCUUUCUUCUAAGUGGGAAAAUAUUUUUUAAUUAAAAAAAAAAUAAAGAUAAUUUGAAAGUCUGUAAAA